AUGUUGACAGCGAUAUCUCUGUCCUGGCUCUGGAACAGGAACAGCCUCCCAAACCGGCUGGAAUCUACCUACGAAUACCCUGUUCUUAUUUGUACUUCCACUUCCGAUUCGAUCAAGGGUCCCGAGAUUUGCCAGUACUCAGUCGUUGUCGUCGUCGUCCUCGUCGUCUUCUUCUUCGUCUUCCUCGUUCCACGACCGAUUGAAGAUAGGACAGGAAGCGGAGUGAAAAGUUGCGUGCACACAAGCUACACGCUCUUCUCCGUACUCCCCCGUUCUCUGGCUAACAUUCUGCCUUUCGAAGAAGUCUUCAUCAUGUCCGACAUUAGCGACCCGACGGAUGGGAUCUCCCCUCCGGCCCCUACACCGUCCGAUGAUAACCCCCCUACGGGCCAGCCUCCCUCCCCGACUCCCGAGCCUUCGCAGCCUACAGAAGAGCCACCCGACGACUCUUCGAGCCCUAGCUCGCCUCCAACACAACCUUCUCCGUCGCCGCCUCCGCCUCCGCCCCCGCCGCCUCCUCCUCCCCCGCCACCUGAACCGUCAUCAGAAUCCUCUCCUCCCUCCCCUCCUCCGCCACCGCCGCCUCCUCCUCCAUCGACCUCCGAAGCCCCGCCCACGUCGGCCCCGGCCCCUACCAGUCCAACCACUUCGGACGAACCCCCGUCGACAGUAAUCACCUCGGUGGAGACAUCUGUGAACUCCAACGGAGGCAUCACAAGCACCAUCAUCCGCACCAUCACAACAACCGCCUCGAAUUCAGAGCCGGCUUUGCCUAGCUCGGCUCCGACGUCCAGCGGGACCGAGGCGCCCGUCAACACCGGCGGCAGUGGAGGAGGCGGUCUCAGUGACGGAGGCAAGAUUGCCGUUGCCGUCGUCGUCCCCAUUGUAGCCGUCGGCCUGAUCAUCCUCGCCGGUCUCUUUUUCUGGAGGAAGCGCAAGGCCAAGCGGGAUGCCGAGGAAGCUCGCCGCAAGGAAGAAGUAGAGGACUAUUCGUACAACCCCAACGCCGACCCCACCAUCCCCGCCCUGGGCAGCGAGAACGCUUAUGAGAUGAGGGACGACGGCGGCUCGGGCUACCGCGGCUGGGGCUCGACCACCCUUGCCGGCUCGACCGGACACAAGGCCUCCACGACCAUGUCUGGCGGCAACACCGCCGCCACUGCGUACUCGGACGGCCAUUCGCCCGCCCACGGCCACGACGCCAUGUCGGGCGAAGCGCUGCUCAACGACGGAUCCUACGCUCACGACGGCGAGAUCCUUGGCGCCAUGGGCCCUUCCGCCGCUCUGAACCGCGGCGCCGGCGGCGUCCAACGGGGGCCCUCCAAUGCUUCUUCGUCCUACAGCGCCGCGGGACGCUCGGAAGGAUCAACCGACGGCAUCGGCAUGGCGUACGGGGGAGGGAACGGACCUUAUGAUCAGUACGCACACGGCAAUCCUUACUCGGACGCUGAUGGACGGGCUGCCGAAAUGCCUGCGCAGCCAGUCAUCCGCGAUAACCCGGCGAGGAGGAAUACGACGAUCGAGAACCCAGCUCCCUAUCCCCAACAGAGCGCUGGUAUUUCGCAAAACUUUUAA